AACCCUGGCCGCAAUACAAGUGUACAGGCGUCCAUAAACGCCGAUCCUCAUGGAGGAUUCCGAACACCUCCGUGUUUCAAAGAAAGAGAAAGAAAUCUGCUUUUAUUACCUCUUGUAUUCUUCCACCCAUGUCCUCCUAUUCUCCAGCUCAUGAAUAUUAAGUAGAUUUGGGUGCAAUAAAGCCAGCCUCUUGCACCAUCCAGCCCACAUUCAGCAUCCACCCGCGCAACAUCCACAGCGCCCUCAUCAGACUCUCUUCGGCGGCGGCGACCGCACCGAUUUGUACCGGGACGAUUCGGAUUUUCUUUUCUUCUUUUUUUUAAAACAAAGAACAAAAUGGCUUUGAGAGGACCUGUAUCCCGUCUUCUCAGAUCUCAACUCGGACUCACGUUACAACAGAGCAGAGCUCAGUCCGUGGCUGUGCUGGGCGCUCCGUUUUCGCGGGGACAGAAACGAGGAGGUGUGGAGCACGGCCCUAAAGUCAUCAGAGAUGCCGGGCUCCUCGAGAGGCUCUCCGGUUUAGAUUACGCCGUCCACGACUUCGGCGACCUCACCUUCCACCACGUGGAGAAGGACGAACCCUACAUGGACGUCAAGUUCCCUCGCACCGUGGGUGCAGCCAAUAAAACGCUGUCUGGCGCGGUGAGCAGGGCCGUCGGUGCUGGACACACCCUGGUCAUGCUCGGAGGCGAUCACAGCCUUGCUAUUGGAUCGGUGGCAGGCCACGCGCAGCAGUGUCCCGACCUGUGUCUCAUCUGGGUCGACGCCCACGCCGACAUAAACACGCCGAUGUCUUCUCCGUCAGGAAACCUUCACGGCCAGCCGGUGGCCUUCAUGCUCAAAGAGCUGCAGGACAAGAUGCCAGAUAUCCCAGGGUUCUCCUGGACGAAGCCCUUCCUCUCCUCGAGGGACCUGGUCUACAUCGGACUACGGGAUGUGGACCCCGGAGAGUACCAAAUCCUGAAGGACCUGCAAAUCCAGUACUUCACCAUGAGGGAUAUCGACAGACUCGGCAUCCAGAGGGUCAUGGAAGUCAGUCUCGACCAUCUUUUGUCAAGAAAGCAGCGACCGAUCCACUUGAGCUUUGACGUCGAUGCGUUCGACCCGUCUCUGGCUCCGGCCACGGGAACGCCAGUGAACGGCGGUCUGACCUACAGGGAAGGGAUCUACAUCACAGAGGAAAUCCACAACACAGGUCUGCUGUCCGCCAUGGACCUGGUGGAGGUGAACCCCAUGCUGGGGGCCACCCGACAAGCGGUGGAGGCCACCGCCUCUCUAGCGGUGGACGUCAUCGCAUCGUCUCUGGGACAGACGAGAGAAGGCGCCCACGCCUCCAUCGACGAGAUUCCCUCAGUGAAGGUCGACACGGAGCAGCUUCGCCUCUGAGAGCACGACGCCAAGCUUUGAACUUUACCGACAUCACCCCAGAGCAUUCCACUAUUCUGAAUACUACGGAAUCUAAAAGUAGCUUAGGGUUUCUUUCUUCUAAUCUUGGUGCGGUUUCAUGAUGAAAACCAGCUUAGGUCUGGAUUAAUUAUUCUAUUAAAAAAAGGGUUUUGCAGACUUGCGGUAAAAUUGAUAAUGCUCAGACAAAAUUAUUGAUAGAUAUACUGUUUAUUUAAACAGCAAUACUAACUUAUUUAGCUCCUGUAUGUAAUAAAUGAAGCGUUAGAAGACACAGCUGCCACGUAUUUAUUAUGCUUUUUGUGAAGCGAAUGAACCUGGCUCAGAUGUAUGCUAAACCAAGUUUGACUUAGUUUGAAACCCGUAGUCUAACCUGGACUCGCACAUCUGUUUAGUGGCUGUGUCAGUUACUAAAAACUAGAAAUGAUGUGUUUGCACUUUGGACCAGCUGUGGUUACUGUAUUUUCUUUAGAGUCUACUUUUGUAUUUUCACGAUGAACCUAGCAGUACACAUAUUAGUGUCCAGCCUGAAAUUUAACUGAACUAAUGUUUGACUUGAUGUGGCAACUAAAUGACACUUGUUGACGUAACAAAGCGUUUGUACCUUGUUUUAGUCUUCCAUAAAUGUGAUUACAUUUUU